AUCUUAACAUCAACUGCGAAUAAAAAGCCCCAGAGCGUCAUACAACUUUCACUGGGUAGAGAGAGGAAACUUGAGAAGAAAAUGUGUAUCUUUGCAAGGGCAUGACAGCGCGUCCUAGGUAAGGCUAAACAAAAGCAUUGGCCGAGAUGGAGGAGGAGUCCUGAAGCCAUAGCAGAAGUAAUCACUGAAUUUUCCCUAGGAAAAAGCCAAAUUUCUGGGAAGCGACAAAAGUAGAAACCGUCUCAUUGUAAAUGGAUGUUUGCCUUGUGUUCUUCAGACUGUACUUAGCUUUAACUAAAUACUAUGACGUAUUCCUCCUGCAGAGAGAGAUACAUAGAGUCAUACAAUCACAGAAUGGCUUGGGUUGGAAGGGACCCCAAGGAUCAUCAAGCUCCUACCCCCCUGCCACAGGCUAGGCCAGCAACCUCCAGAGCUGGUACUAGACCAGGCUGCCCAGGGCCCCAUGCAACCUGGCCUUGAACACCUCCAGGCAUGGAGCACCCACAGUCUUUCUGGCCCGCCUGUUCCAGCACCUCACCACUCUCUCUGUAAAGAACUUCCCGCUGACAUCCAAUCCAAACCUUCCCUCCUUGAGCUUAAAACCAUUCCCCCUUGUCCUAUCACUGUCUGCCCGAGUACAAAGUUGAUUCCCCUCCUGUUUAUAGUCCCCUUUUAGAUAUUGGACGCAGUAGUCGGAUGGCAACAUUCCAGUCACGUGAGCUGUCCCACCAUGCCUCCGUGACAGCAAUGAGAUCGCAUCUCUGUAAGCACACACAGAUCUCUAGUUCUUCUAGAUCUUCUAGUUUAUUCCCCAGACGCCAAUGCAUGGCUAUACAGGCAUUGUAAGGAAGCAGAAGGCACAGGUAUCUCCAGAGGGAUGCAAGAGGGCUUCAGCUGGGCUCUUGGCAACGUUAUCUUCUCUGAGGAGUCCUCACAAGAUCCUACUGGACAACUGGGAGGUUUUUCUCCACAGUUUACUAAAAAGACAGCGGUCCCAGGCCCUUCUCUUGUCACAAGGAACUCCAUCCCCUUCCUCCGUCAAAUCUAGUUUAAUGCUCUGGUCAUCAAUCCCGCCAGCUUGCUCCCCAGAACACUUUUGCCCCAACUGCUCAGUCCUAUUCCGUCUCACGUCCACACACUUGGUCUCUCAAAGGCGUGCCCAAGAUCACGGUACCCAAAACCUCGAUCCCGACACCAUCCCCUCGGGCAGUAAUUUGCCUCCUCUGUUCUCCUCCUUCCUUACAGAGGGGUCCCCCAUCACUGAGACAAUGCAGGCGCAGAAAGUGUCCGCCCCGGAGCGGAGUGCCUCACAAAAACAUGCCGUGUUUUGGGGCCAGCAAGGUUGCCGGGCAUGCUGUCGGGUUCCCACCCCAGGGCACGUGGAUCUCUGUGAGGUAACACUCCUCGGUGAGAUGUCACAGUGGCUGUCUCUUAGGCCCCUGUGGCAGCGGUGGGAGCGGUGGCCCAGUAGCUUGUGGAAGCUGCAGGAGGAGGACCCAGAGAGAGCACUGUGUCUGUCUGGAGAUAUCCUGCUGUGAUGGAGCGGCUGAGAGCCCUUCGAGGUCUCUUUGCUUGUGUGGGCUGCAUGCCCAGACGUACGCGUCGCGGGAGCAGAGGCAGGGCGGCAAGCGCUGUCCCUGCCUGUCCCGUGACGUUGCUGCUGCAGCGCCUGCAAGACAGGGAGGGUGACCGAGCACAAGCGUACUGCGAGCUGGAGAGCGCCCUGUGGGAAGAGGACAGCCGCCCGCCGUGCGGAGUGGCGAACCGGCUGCUGGCAGAGGUGUCCCAGGACCUGACGGCAGCCCAGGGCGCGAUGGACAACGUGAGGACGGCUGCCAGCAAUGUCCUGGUGGCUCUGGCCCGCUCGCACUUCAGCUUGGUGAUGGCCGAGCUCCAGGGCCACCUGAAGGCCAUGGCGGAGAUGUCCAAGGAGUUUGCGCUCGUCACCCUGAGCAAGCUGUUCAGCAGCUACGCUCCGCAGUGCAUCGCCUUCAUGUGCCUGACACUGGCCGGCCUGCGCAGUGUGGCUGGCCAGGUGAGGAGCGGCCGCACCCUGCGCAUCGCUUGUGCUGUUGUCAAACAAUGGUCGGAAGGAGUCAAGGCUCACCUGUACUCCGGAAAGCAAUGCCCCUGGCCCGCCACGGAGAAAGAGCGAAUCUUUGAGAAUCUUUACCAGCUCCUCUGCUCUGUGGUGAGGAACUGGCUGGGCUGCGAGGAGGAACAGGACAAACAGGCCGUCCUCGGGGCUGUGGCUGCCAUGAUGGAUGUCCUCCUGCAAGAGGAGCUGCGCCGAGAGCACACCUGGGAGCAGCUCCUCUGCCUCGUGCACCGGUAUCAGGAGGUCCAGGACACCUCCAGGGUGACCAAGGUGAGAUGUUGAGCAGGGCUCAGCAUGGAUGUGGGGCCGAGUGCCCCAGGGCAAGUGCCCGAGGGGUCAGUGGGUUGCAGGGAGGAGGCAGGGAGCCCUUGGAGAAAGAAGGAACAGGUGUCCAAGGGAGGUCUGAGGCUUCCUGAGCUCUUCACUCAAGGAAAGAGCAACCCCGACAGGGCCAGGAGGGAGCCAAGAGUCACUGGGGCCCAUCUCCUGGAGAUGGGAAGCUUCACCACCACCACUGUGCGGCUCUGAGUGGCCGCCCAAGGAGCUCUGUGCUAACAGCCAGGGGGACCGUGUCCAGUUGCCUCUGAUGGAGGAGAAGGCGGCUGCUGGGUGGGAAAUGCCU